AUGACCGUCUCGAGUACAACCCCAGGAUCAGAUGGGCCCCAAGUCUCGAGGAGCGAACCCUCGGACCACGACGCCCACGCUUCCCCAAGGGGUGAGCCCGCUCCAGCAAUUGCGGCCUCUCAGGAACCCGUCCCGGGGUCCCCCGAGCCCAUGGACGCCCAAGUGGCAUUGGCCUGGUCGUUCGUUAUGGGGGCGAUGGCUGGAGAACCUCUCGACGCGGAACCCGCAGUCUAUUACCACCAAGGUUCUGACUUCGUGCUUUUAGACAUGAUCAAGAACCAGCUGGUGUAUCUCCCCGACCUCAGCGAUCUCCGGCCCGAGGCCAACAUCGAAGAUGCGAUCGUUGGUGAGCCCGGGGAGUCGGACCCCGAAGAGGAGGAGCGGCUCCGGGCCGUCUUCCGGAAGCAUCGGAAUGCGCUUCCUCCCCCCGCCUGGGGAGUCGUGUGCGACUUGGACGUGUACGAGUUGCUCAAGCGCCUCCUGGAAACGGGCUUGAUCGAGUAUUCCAACUCGGAAUGGGCAUCAGCCAUCGUCCUCGUGAUGAAGAAGAAUGGUACCGAUCGUUUGUGCAUCGUCUACCGGUUGGUGAACCAGCUAAUCAAGCUGAUGAACUACCCCCUACCCCUAAUCGACGAACUCAUGAGCAACUUCGCCGCCACCAUGUGGUUCAUGACCUUGGACAUGGAGUGUGGAUUCUGGGCAGUCCCGAUGAUGGCCCGAGCCCAACUGAUCUCGGCAUUCAUUUGCCUGCUCGGGCAUUUCCAGUGGAUGCGCAUGCCGUUCGGACUCAAGAACGCCCCGUUGAUUUACCAACAGCUCCUGGACAACUGUCUCUGGGGUUUCGUCCAGCUACCCCCGGACGAGGAACGACUCGUCGACCCCGAGGUGUUAGGGUUCCUGGGGAUUUCUCCCGAGGACCCGGUCGCCCAUGUAUCCCAGGGCACGGAGCCCCGGGGGGGCGGUGGUCUCCAGGACUAG